AUGAAGACGAUCUGCUUUCUCUUCAGUCCAGUAACACAUCAAAUUAGAGGAAAGAAGGUACAUACAGCCCUUAAAGUUACAACACAAGCUCUAGCCACAACUAAAGAUAAAUCUUUAACAAAAGAAAAUCAGGAAUUUCUAGACAAUGUUGUCAAUGAUCUCUAUGCAAAUCAACCAGAAUACAGAAGUCCAUUGGCUGAUGGACCUUGGAAAAGGAAUGUUUACACUAAAAGAACAUUGAGAACAGGGGUAUUAGCUAUAAAAUUAGGUAACCUGCCCCAGUGGUCAAAGGAUGGAAAGAAAAUUACAACAACAUUACUACAGGUAAUUGUGGACAAUCAUGUCAUAAGGUACUAUUCCCCUGAAGUUUUUAAAACUCAAGCUGGUUGGCUUCCAAGAUGGAGUGAUAAAUAUGGUUCUGUUGUUGUUGGAGCUUUAAGUACUGAUCCUCGCAAGUAUAAUGAGCAGUAUAAUGAGCAAUUUUUAGAAGCUGGUGUUCCACCCAAACGUAAAUUAACCAGAUUUUUAGUUACUCAAGAUGCUGCUAUCCAACCUGGUACUCCAUUAAAUGCAAUGCAUUUCAGACCUGGUGAUUUUGUUGAUUGUUCAGCCAAGACAAUUCAUCAUGGUUUUCAAGGUGCUGUGAAACGGUGGGGUUUUAAAGGCUUACCUAAGACACAUGGGACAACAAAGAAACAUCGGUCUGUAGGAGGAAUAGGUGGUAAAACUAUUGUAAGUGUAUGGAAAGGAAAGAAAAUGCCUGGAGUAAUGGGAGGAAAGUGGAGAACAUUAAAAGGACUGAAGAUUUUGAGGAUUAAUACUAAAUAUAAUGUGUUAUAUGUGAAAGGACAAAAUAUACCAGGAGAAACACACACAUUUGUCCGUAUAAAUGACACUGUUUUGCCAUUACGUAGAAAAACAGAGAAUCCACCACCUAUGCCAACCUGGUAUCCUGAAGAUGAAUCAGAACAAUUAGCUGAGGAAUAUUUUGAUGAAGAUUUGUUUCAAUUUACAAAUGAAUCAUUAGACUUAAAAACUGGGACUAAAUAA